AAAAGUAUACAGUAUACACGUGAAUUUCGCUGUUUUUUUUUGCCGGUUUUGUGGAAUUGCAGGGGUUAUUUGAUAGUUAGGGGGCUUCACAGUCAUAUUUUCAUAUUGCAGAAGAAAAAAGACAAGACUGAAUCAUCAUUGUCCUUAGGAAUAAUCGUACUAAUGAUUAAGUGACCAAGUCCUCAAAACUUCAGUCACCAUGGGGGCUGGAGAUAAAAAGCUGGAAAAUAGAUACAAGUUUAAAACAUUUUCGGAGCGUAUCGCGGAGAUAUCCGUCAAUGUCGCUCAGAACGUUAGUCUCCCCCGCAAUGAGACGCCAGAAGAUGCCGACACAUUCUUCUUUGAAGAACUCCAGAAAUGGGUCGAUCUCAACCUAACCGAGCAUUACGCCGAUUUUCAGAAUGAGCUCGGUCCCGAUGUGCAGAGUUUCGCGCAACUGCUGCAUCGUAAAGAUGAGAUCAUCGAGCUGCUCAAGAAGCACCUGUCCGUGGAGAACUCGCUCGCCCUGCAGCCUCUGCUCGCUCUGCUCUCGGCGCUGGCGAGAGACCUGCGUGCCGACCUGGGGCCGCAGUUCCCGGCUCUGUUCGAGCUGCUCUGCCGUCUGCUGGACACCCGCGACCCGGAGAGGCUGCAGUGGCUGUUCACCUGCCUGGCGCACCUCUACAAGCAGCUGUGGCGCCACCUGGUGGCCAACAUUGAGCAGACGUACCGGAUGUACCGGCAGCUGCUCAGCGGCGGACGGCCCGACCAUGUGGUACGAUUCGCCGCAGAGAGCUUCGCAUUUGUCUGCCGCAAAGUCAAGGACAAGAGCAAGUUCUUCGGAUUCGUCUACACGAAGCUGAAAAGUGAUCCUUCGCAGGCGACUGGCGUCGGCCGGCUGGUGUUCGAGACUCUGCGCGGUGUGCGUGGACACCUCCACACUGAGGCCGCAGCCGUGCUGCGCGUGCAGCUCGAGCUGCUCGGCUCGGAGCGGCUACCGGCUGAGCUGGUUCAGCAGGCGCUCAAUGUAGCCCUGCUGGCUGCCGCCAGACACGUGACCAGGGAGAACGCCGCGCCCAUUUGGACAGAGCUCUGGGCGGCUGUCGAGCGUUGUCCCUCGGACCGACCGGACCUCCUCCACCGGCUGCUCUCCCUGUUACUCUCCGUGACGACUUUCCGCGGAGGUGCGGUGAUUACUGAUGCUGCUGACUGCGCGCGCCGCUGCGGCCGACUGCUGGCGACCUCUGCCCUGCCGGAGGAGGCUGGCGCGGCGGGCGCCGACCUGGCAGCCAAACUGCUGAGUGUGGAGAACGCCCGGCUGGCCACCGCCGACGCUGUGAAACUGGUCAAUCAGGCCCUGCGCGGCCCGCAGCCGCCCGGUACGCUGCUGCGGCUGUGUGGCCACCUGCUGGGACUGGCUGAGCUGGAGGGACGGCUGCUGCCCGAGCUGCUGACGCUGCUGCACCGGCUGCCUGCUGACAGCGCGUCAGAGGCGCUGCGCCUGCUCAGCCGCCUGGUGCUGCUGAGACGGCCGCCUCCCGAGACUGGAGAGAGCUGGGCAGACUGGCGGCAGUACCCGAUCGACUUCAACUUCAUCAGACAGAAACAGGCGGCGCCGCGUCGCUCAGCCCGCCGGCGCACCGUAGGCUCGGAUGAUCCACCCGAGUCACCCCAGAGUAGCGUCUGCGCGCUGGUGGAGCGUCUGCUGCGGCCGGCGGACGACAGCGGCCCGCCGGCACCCUCUGCUGACCUCACGGCCGCCCUGCUGGUGGUGCCACACCUCCGUCCGCCGCCCGAGGACGCUGCUGUCGCCGUCUGGGCGCUGUGGCACCGGCUGGCCGACCAGCUGCUGGAGCAGGAGGCGGACCAUCUCACUGACGACCGGCCCGACCCAGUGUCGUCCGUCCGUCUGGUGGUGCCGCCCCUGCCGCCCUCCCUGCACGCCCAGCUGGCCCUGUUCUCCCAGCUGACCGAGACGGCGCUGCGACUGGACGCCGCCGAUGCUGCUGCCGCCUGGCGGACGGCGCUGAAACUGGCCGGCUCGCGGCGGCUGGCCAGCAGCGCCCACCUGCUGCGCAUACUGGACCUGCUGCUGACGGCUGCUGAGCCCGAGCUGAGGACGGACGAGCUGUUGCUGGAGCUCUAUCAGACGCUGGGACAUAACCUGGCGUCGCCGCAUCACAAGCUGCGCGCGCUGACGCUGCACCUGCUCUCGCUGUUCGACCCGGCUCUCCCACCACCACCCGCCGACGGUCCGCCGCGUACCGCUCGCUCGGUGUUCACCACCUGCUGGAUGGCCGAGCAGCAACCCGCAGACAUCCAGAGCUACAAAGAACGACUCAAGUUCCUCCAACUGCUCGACGCCGAGUACAUCGCCGCCAGUCUGCCAGUGUGCGGCGAUUUCUCGGCGGCUCCGCUGCUCUACCUGCUGGGUACGCUACACGUACCGUUCCGUCUGCUGUGGAAACCGUGUCAGGAGUUGGCGGCGGCGCACUGUCAUCGAUUAUCGACGGAGAGGCUGGCGGAGCUGUGGGGUCACCUCACCAAGGAGGCAGCGGAGGCGGCGCGGAAGCAGAUGAUGCCUGAAAUGGAGGGAGAGGAGGGAGAAGAUGAGAGUGAGAAAGAGGAGACGGGAGAGGCAGAGGAGAAUGAAGGCGAGACAGAAGAGAUGGAAACAGAGCAGAGUGAUGCGGCUGAGGCUGAGCGUGAAGAGCUUGAGGAGCUGGAUGAGCGACUGGCAGCUCUGGACGACCGACUCGAUUUCGUCAACUUCCGUCUGUUGCUAUGGCAGAUGUCCGCCGAUCUCUGCUCUCUUCUGGAGCCGAUCUGUGGCCCGCAGCUCAUCAGUGAGCUGUUCAGCUUCCUUGACCGUGAGUUCUUCUCGAGUGACAUGAGUUUCGCUCGCGAGCAGGACCUGUUGGAUCGGCGGCGGCCGGCGCAGGAGGGACAUUUCCGGAAACAGAAGGGAGACACGUCGGGUGAUGAUAGAGGUGAUGAAGAUGUUGAAGAGGAUGAAGAGGAGGAAGAAGAGAGACCGAGAAAGAAGAAGGGAGGAGAUAAGAAGAAGGGUAUCGUUCAGGCUCUCUGUGCACACCUGACUGUGAUGUCGAAAAUGACAAGCCUGCGCCGAUCGGAGAAGUCGACACAGCUCUUUGAGACGUUCCUACACUUCCUCACGCACAAACGCUCUGAUGUCCAGAAGGUAGCCCUUGAAUGCGUGUACGCCUACAAAGCCAAGGGUCUCAACCCGUACCGUGAGACUCUGUUCAGCCUCAUGGAGGACAACAACUUCAAGACGACGCUGACCAGCUUCAGCAUCGACACAGAGUCCGGAAUUCUGAAGCCGGAGCACCGACCGCACGUCCUGCCCGUUCUGACUCGUAUUCUCUACGGUCGGAUGCGCACCAGCACGGGAAAGGGUGCGGCGAGCAGAGACAACGCGGCCGCUCGGCGACGCGUCAUCGUCGGUUUUCUGGCCGGCUGUCGGUCGGAGGAGGUGGACCAAUUCCUCGAUCUGACGCUAGCGGCACUGGCGGCGCGGGUGAAGCCCGAUCCUGUGCAGAUGGUGCGUGAGGUGACGGAGGCGGCCGACCCACGCCACGCGCUGCCGCUCCGUCAGCUGCAGAGCGCGCUGCUGCUGCUGACGGCUGUGUUCUUCAAACUGGGCAGCCGACUGCAGCCGAGCGUCCCGCGGCUCCUGCGGCUACUGCUCGGGGCAGCGGCACACGUGUCUGCUCUGUUGGCGCAGCAGCAGCGCCUGCCUGUGUGGCAUGUGCGCACUCUGAAGAAGAUCCGCGGCAUGAUCCUGGCAUGCCUGAGUGAUAUGUUCGAGAGGUUUGACACGUACCCGUGGAGCGCAGAAGAAACCGAAGCGGUCUUCAUCGCUUCUGUGUGGCCGUCGCUGCCAAAACUCACCCAGGAGUCCACAACGGCGCCGACGGGUCUGCUGAAGCUGUUCCUGGUCUGGGCGUCCUCUCCGCGCUACUUCCCACUGCUGGUGAAGGAGACCGCCGAGCCGCCCCGCCUCAGCCCCCUCUGGUGUAUGCUGUCCCUGCUGACAGUUCGGGGUUGUCACUCGUCGGUGACGGCGGCGGUGGUGCGUGCCGCCGAACAGCUGCUGAGUGAGCGCGCUCCGCCGCCAACUCUGUCGACAAUCGACGAGGAUGGGGAGCCCUCUGAGGAGCCGCUGCCGCCACUGACCGUCACUGGGCUGCCGGAGUGGGCGACUGAGGCGGCCGCGGUCACCGGACCGACCGCUGUGGCGGAGAACGUGACUCCUCUGCUCGAGUACCUCCGUAACAGGCUGCAGUCGGGUGGCGCAGCGCGGCUAUCCACGACUGAGCUGACGGUGCUGUCCUCGGUGUGUAGACUGGAGGCGGGCCCGGCUCGUGAGCACGCCGCCUCUCUGGCCUCCCUGCUCCUACCGGUGCUGGGGUCGGCCCGUCCGCCGCCCGAGGGCCGCCAGCGACAGCUACUGGUGACUCUCCGGCACCUGUUGAGCGCCGCCGACCGGUCUGUACAGUUUGUCCGGUCGCUGUCCUCGCUACUCUCUCAUCUACCCAACAGGGAGAGUCACCUGGCAGUAGUCGGCUGUCUGCGCACCAUCGGCGAGCGGGAUCCGGCCGUGCGACCCCUUGCAGAGACAGUGGACGCCCUCAGUGCCAUGGACCCGAAACAGGUAGACGAGCCCGACUUUGACCGGCGUCUGGUCGAGUAUGGACGAGUCAACGAGCGAUUACGACACGCAGAGCUACUGGAGGAGGAUUUUCUGCGGCUGGUGGUGCACUGCUGUCUGUGGUCGCUCGAACACGAGGCCGACCUGGCGCUGCGGGACAGCUCUACAUUCUGUCUGCAGGAGGUGGCGCGCUCCGUGGGGCGCCUGCUGACCACACACCGUUCGGCGGCCGUGGCGUUUCUCUCUGCCUGUCUCCUGCCGGCGCUGCGCCGCAGACUGCGCAGCAAGGAGGACCAGCUGCGCCACGACACGGUAGCUGUCCUACAGGUGGUCGUACAGUCGUCCGCCGAGCACAUGCCGAAACUAGCCGAGCUGGCGCAACUCUCCAACGCGACGGACUCGGAACAUGACUUCUUUGAGAAUAUCAGACACAUUCAGGUGCACCGACGCACCCGCGCGCUGAAGAGAGUCGUGGAGGGCCUCACUGAUGGCUCUCUGCGGAUGCGUGCCGACGUGGUGACCAACUACAUUCUACCUCUGGGCAACGUGUACCUCUUCAACGAGAAGUACGCCAAGUACACUGGCUUGACCGACAUUGCUGUGCGACUGAUCGGAAUCGUAUCGGGACGGAUGUCUUGGCACCAGUACCAGGCGUUCCUGCGGCACUUCCUCGCCCUGCUGCCGACCUGCUCUCGUCAGCGUGACGCCGUCAAGGUUCUAGUGGCGGUCCUGGAUGCGUUUCCAUUCGAUCUAUCCUCUGUGGCGCCCGAUGUGACGAUGAGUAUCAUCAGUGCCACGCGCGCCGACGAGCGGGGCUGGAAGACGCGGCGUCAGGAGGCGGCUGUGCCCGAGGUGAACGGUCCUCCCACAGAGCAGCCGGCGCGGGUGGAGAAGGAGGAGGCAGAGGACUCGGAGCCGGCGGAGGGUGAGACCGCGCUGGGUCAGGAGGCGGCUGCUGAGCCGCUGGAACCCGCCGCUGUCGAGGUUCCGGAGGAGGAGGGAACACCGGCCGCAGCCGGGCCGGUGGCGCAGUCGGCCAAACAGGCCGAGCUCAUCUGCCGGACUCUGAUCCGGACCACUCUGCCGGGACUGCACGCCGGGCUGGUGCGGCGCGCGCGGGGUGACGAGCAGCAUGCCACGAAUAAGACACUUGAUCCCGACGAGGAGCGCUCGCAGCGUCUACCACUGGCGCUAGCCAUGAUCAAACUCCUACAGAAACUACCUGAGGGCAUCCUGGGAGCGAACGUAGCCAGUGUGCUGACUCGAGUCUGUGAACUGCUGCGUUCGAAGACUCCCAGCGUGCGCGAGGCUGCGCGUGAGACGCUGCUGCGCUGUCUGCGCGCGCUGGGUCCGGCGCACCUGCCGCUGGCGCUGUCGGAGCUCCGUGCCGUGUCGGGCCGCGGGUAUCAGCAGCACGUGAUGGUGUUCACCACGCACGCCCUGCUGCGCGGAAUGUGCGAACAGCUGAAGGCUGGGGACCUUGACCCGUGCGCGUCGGACGUGGUCGAUAUCUGCCACAUGGAGCUCUUCGGUCAGACCGCGGAGGAAAAGGAGGUGCAGAAGAUCACAUCGAAGACGGCGGAGGCGAAGGGCGUCAAGAGUUACAAGAUGCUGCACAUCCUGGCGCAGUAUAUAACUGAGCCGUACCUGCACGCGCUGAUCGCACCGCUACAGGAAUGGGCCCUCAGCUCACGCACCGCCAAGGCAGCGGGAAAGGUGGCCGAGUGUCUGCGACAUGCUUGCUCGGGUCUGGUGGAGAACACCGGGCUGGAGACGCCGGCACUGCUGGUCCUAGGUCAUGGUCUGGUCUCACAGAGUCUGCCAGUGCCGGACUCUGUAAAAAAGGAUGGCUCCGGUAAGAAGGCCAAGACAAAGCCGCUGCCUUACUGGCUGCAGAGACCGGAUAUGUUGUUGAUUCAGAAACCGCCGCCUCGUCACGGCGCGCCAGCCAGGCUCAACUCGACUGUGAACGCACAUCUGCUGGUGGACUUUGGCCUGCAGUUGCUGAGCGCGCUGCUGCGGAAGGGCCGCGUGGUGGCGACCGAGAGUCGGCACGUAUCCAUGCUGGACCCGUUCGUUCCUCUCCUGGUGGGCUGUUUGUCGGAGCCCAGUGUGCCUCUGGUAACGGUCUGUCUGCGCUGCUGGACGCACCUGCUCACCUUCCCCCUGCCGUCUCUGCCGGGCCAGCUGGCGGCUGUGAGUGGCGCCCUGUUCACACUGCUCCACAAGUACGCGGCGCCGGGCCUGGCGAGCGGCGAGAACGGCGACAUGGUGGCCGUGACGUUCCGCGCCGUCACCGUGCUCGUGCGGGAUGUCACCGCCUACACACUGACCGAGGAGCAGCUGCGCGUGCUGCUGACGUACGCCGAGCAGGACCUGCUGGACGCCGGCCGCCGCGGCACGGCCUUCCAGCUGCUGCGAGCCGUGUUCAGCCGGAAACUGCACGCGCCGGAGCUGGCAGAGGUGGUCCGUCACCUGGCUAAACUGGUGGUGACGGCCGACGGGGACCAGCCGCGCGCCCAGGCCCGCUCCGUGCUGAUGCAGUACCUGCUCGACUAUCCGCUGGGUGAUAAGGUGAAGAAGCACGUCAUGUUCUUCCUGCAGCAGCUCGGCUAUGACCGGGAGUCAGGCCGACUGGCCGCGCUCGACAUGAUAGCCGACGUCUGCCGACAGUUCCCGCAGGGCCUGCUAAGCUCCCAGGCGCCGCUGCUGUUUGUCUACCUGUCUGCGCGCCUGGUCUCAGAGCCCUCCCCGACCGGCCGCCGCCGCGUGGCCUCCACCAUCACCGCGCUGCUGCAGCGGGUGACGGCCGAGCGGCGCCGACACCUGCUCGACAUGACGCUCACCUGGCUCCGAGGAGAGGAUGCCGCUAAAAAGGUGGAGCAGGGCCGUAUGGCCGCCCAGCUGGUGGGUCUGUUCCUCUCCGACGCCGCCGACGUCACCGACUCCGAGGUGGACCUCAUGCUGCCCGAGCUCUGCGGCAGGAUGGACCCCGAGCUCAACGACUUCUUCGGUAGCGCGCCGCAGGCGGAGCUGAACGGCUCCCCGGAGCAGCACACGGACCACCUGCUGUACCAGCUGCUCGGAUCGCUGCUCAAGCUGCUCACCCUCUGUCCGCAGGCCAUGACGGCCGCCCACCGGCACGCGGCGCUCAUGACGCGAGCCUGGGGCCACAUCAAGCAGUACCUGCUGCACCCGCACGCCUGGGUGCGGCUGGCGGCGGGGCGCCUGUACGGUCUGCUGCUGUCUCGACUGGAGCCGGCCUCGGUGGCUGCGUGCCUGACCUCGCCCACCGCCUCCCCGGCCCGGGAGACCGCCGUGCCGCCCUACCUACACUCGGACACCGGGCGGCGGCUGCGCGGCCUGGCGCUCGAUCUGUGCGUCCAGCUUAACUCGGAGCUGCUAAGUCAGCAGCUGGCUGACCAGUGCGUCAAGAACCUGGUCUGGAUCGCCAAGGUCCUGAUCUGCGCCGGUGCCCUGGACCCGGGCUCCGACCAUCCGGAGCCCUCCCCCGCGGGAGUCAAACGACCUCGACGGGACUCUGACAGCGCCGCGUCCGGACGAAAACGAACCGAGUCGGGCUCUCCGCGGAAACGCACCGACUCAGAGUCCAGUGUCGGCCGGAAACGAACUGACUCGGAGUCAAGUACAGGUCGCAAACGGAGAGACUCGGAGUCGAAAUCGGGGAGAAAGCGAACCGACUCGGAGUCGAGUUUAGGGAGGAAGCGGAGUGACUCUGAGUCACGAUCCGGCCGUAAGAGGACAGAGUCUGAGUCGAGUGUGACCGAGUCAGAGUCGACGCUGAGUCUGCGGUGGCUGACGCGGCGGCUGAGGAGGGAAGUGAAUGCUGAGGUGGUGAAGUCGCCCCGGAUUACUCUCAGGCGCUGCAGCGUGUUCAAGUGGAUGGCGGCGGUUGCGAUGUCGCUGGACUCCCAGCUGGCACCAUUCCUGCACCUGCUGCUGCCGCCGCUGGUCAGGGAGAUCACCGACCCCUCGGCGCCGCUCGAGCUCAAAACGCUCGCCACAGAGGUCACCGACCUGAUGAAGCGCUCAGUUGGAGUGGAGACGUUUACCGCUGCGUACACCCGCGCCCAGCUGGUGCUCAGCCAGAGGAAGGCCGAGCGACGCAUUCAGCGCAAGCAACAGCUGGUCACUAAUCCGGUCAAGACGGCGCGCAUGAAGAUGCAGAAACACAUCAAGAAACGAGCCGCCAAGAAGCGGAAAAUAAUGCAGGAUAAGCAAGUGGGCUUCAAGCGGCGGAAAGUCAGUAAUAUGGGCUGAUGCGGGGAGGGUGUGGGGCGUGUCGAUGUUUUCUAUUAUGCCAAUGGGUGGGAGAAAUACAUGCCAUGACGGACGUCGAAGCGCA